CUAGCUAAAGAACACUGUCUUCCAAAUCCAUAGAACUAGGGAUCAGAAUGGUGAAGAUGGGCAUCAAGUUGGCUGUGAUCUUGGUCGUGGUAAUGCUGGUGUUUUUCGAAGGCUCAUCAGCUUUCACCUUCUGCAAGAUGAAUGACGAUGGUCUAACUGCUUGCAAGCCAUCGGUGACGAAGCCAAACCCUGUAGAUCCGUCCGAAAAGUGUUGCAAGGCUCUUUCUGGCGCUGACUUGGGGUGUCUUUGUUCUUACAAGGCCUCGCCGGUGUUGCCUUCUCUCGGAAUCUCUCCCGAUCUUGCCAUGGGACUACCAGCUAAGUGUGGCAUCGCCCCUCCUGCCAAUUGCGCCUAAGUUGUCUUCAAAACAUGGGGCGGAGCAUCACAGUACGUAUAUGCAUGGCGAGUGAUGCUCAAGAAUAUGUUCUUCGUUUUCAUAUCGAGUCGUUGAUUAACUUUUGUGUGGUGAUCUUUUACGUCGUGUUUUGUGAUCAUGUCGAGGGUUUAGGGCUUGUUCCAUGCAAUGUUUUGUUUUACAAUGGUUUGUAUUUGCUUCGUGAAUUAUACGUUGUAUCGUUAUUCCUUCGAUCUGAAACUAUCAGAGAAGGUUCAGAUGAUUAAUGCAUGCAUCUU